CUCCCUCUAGUGGCUCGCGGAGAGUCUGACACUGGCUAGCUACAGUAGUAGAUAGCAUUCGGGAGUCGAUACAUGCCAUUCGUUGUGACUUUCUGAGCCCCCAAGGUACACAGAGCGAGCGGAUCAGGUCGAGAAAGGAUGAGGAGGAAAAGAAAGGAUGAAAGGAGAAAGGAUCUCAUUGAUUUAUGAUUUAUGUCAACAAGGCCUUCAGUGUAUUAUAGAGAGUUUUGAACACAAUGCUUCCACGCUAUUGGAUGUUAUGAGAACUCUAGUUCAGAGAAUGAUCACUGAAUGGGAUCAACAAGCCAGUCACCGAGGAAGACCAAGGAUAAGGAUUGAAGAAGAGCAGCUGAGAUUUUUUGGUGGAAAUUAACUUCAGGAUUGUCGAUACAGCGUCUUUGUUUGGCUGUUUAAGGAGGACAAUUGAGCAA